UUAAUCAAGAUGAAAAAAAUUCAUCAUUUAAUCAACUCUAAAUUAUUACAAUCAGAGACCAGUGAAUGAAAAAAAAACCAAGUUAAUCAUUUACAAUUACAUGUGAUCAUCAAUACGAUGAUUAUUGUCAACUAAGCUAAUCAAUUAACUUAAUCAUCUCACUACGAUUAGACAAUCAAAUCAACGAGUGAAAAAAAAAACAAAAUUGUUAUUUACUAAUCAUUAUAAUCAGACAAAUGAACUAAUUUAAUCAACUUGAUUAUCACCAAUCAACAUGUUCAACGUUUUCACAAUUUUAUUAACUCUAUCAUUAAUCAUAACCAGUAACAAUCAUAAUCAAGUUAAUUGUUUCUGGUUAUUUUCACCUUUAUCUAAUCAACACAUACAAUCAACCAGCACAUCAACAACAACAACCACAAGCAACAAUCAACAAUCAAAAUCAUGGAUUAAUUUAGGUUCCUGGAUUGAUCCAAUUACCACAAUUUACACAACCUAUUUUGAUUUAUCAUCAAUCCCUUCAGUCUUUCACCUUUACCCACCUUUACCUUACCACCCACCCUACUCACCAUCACUCCCAUUUCCACCAUCAUCCUUUUCAUCAUCAUCAUCAACACCAGAGGAUAAAACAACUCAAUUCUUUGGAAAUUCAAUUUGUCCAUCAUCUUUAUCCUCAUCAUCUCGACCAUCAUGUACAUGUGAUGGUCCAGAAUCUUAUCCAAUAGUUACCUGUUCAUCUUUAUCCUCAUCUUACCUGAUCAAUAAUCUUGCCUACUCAUCAUUAGGCCGAUUAACACUUUACAAUCAAUCAAUUGACUCUAAUUUUUUACUCACAAUCAACAAACCAAUUCAACAUUUACGAUUAUCAAAAUUAACUGGAUUAAAUUGUCCACCAGCAUCUUCAUCAUGUUUAUCGUCAAUCUUAUCAUCAUCUUUACGUCGUCUUGAGAUAAUCUCAUGCAAUUUAAACACCUUUCCCUUUUCAUCCUUAUCUCCAUCAUCUUAUCCUAAUCUUAAAGAUAUUGACCUCCGACAAAAUGGAUUAAAACUUAUUCCAGAUUAUGGUUUCCCUUUUAAUCCAAUAAUCCAAACGAUUGAUUUAUCUUAUAACAAUUUAACUUACCUUGGUUCUUAUGCCUUCACUCAGCUGAUCAAUUUGAAACAAUUAAUUCUCUCUCAUAAUCAAUUAAAAAUCCUAAACAAUUAUGCAUUAGCCGGUAAUCCAAUUAAUACAAAUAAAAAUAAUCAACUGAUAAUUGACUUAACUUAUAAUCAAUUGUUUCAUUGUGCAAUUGGCUCAUUUGAUAAUCUUAAUCCAGUUUAUCUUGAUUUAAGAUACAAUUCAUUGGUCUCACUGUCUGAAGAUGUUUUCAAUCAACUAAUUGUUACAAUGAGUAGAAAUGAAAUCUCAUCAACAAUUAAUGUUAAACACAAUCGUUUCCAAUGUAAUUGUCCAAGAACCCAAUGGAUUGUCCAGUUAAAGAUUGACCAGAAAAAAGUUAUCCAUGGUUAUCAUUGUAACAUCAAUGGAAAUGAGAAAAGUUUAUUAUCAUUAACACUAAAUGAUAUUAAUUGUUAAUCAAAUUAAAUCUCUCCUCUCAUGUGUUAAAUUAAUAUGAUUACAAUUUACUAAAUGUUAUUGGAUUAAAAUUGUUACCUCGAAAAUUAAA